AGUAAAUGAGGUGAAACUUGAUAAAAACCUCAAAGAAAAAUUUCAAGGACAUCACAAAAUAUCUAUGUAGUUUUCAAUUAGAACCAACCAAAAAGACUAGCUGAAAAAUCCAACUCCAUGCUAGACAUGGAUAAGUGGGCCCCACACCUUUCUUUUCUCCCUAUUCAUUCUUGGCAUAAGCUAUAGCAUUUCUGCUAUUUUUUUUAUUAAUGAUUUCAAACAUACUAUCCCACUGGAAGAACAAGAUUUAGCUAUGGCUUUUAGUUCACUAUUUUCAUUGACCUUCCCUCCUAUCUCUUCCUCAUCUCUCAACACUAAACAUCCAUUGUUUUUCCACUCUUACCUCCCUUCUAUUUCUCUUCAAAAUAGCAACAAGAAGAGAGAAUUCCCACUUCCUUCUGUAGCUUCAAUCCCGUACCAACCGAUCAAUGUGGACUACUUGGAGCAAGAAUUUAGUGGGCAUGGAGUCACUUUCGAGGAUAUUGGCGAUAGCUGCAUUGCCAAGAUGAGAUUGGAGAAUGGGAGCACCGCAACCUUGAUGUUACCAAGUGGCCUGAUCACAUCAUACAAGGCACAUAUGUGGCAUGGUGGCAGAGCUGAGCUACUGCAAACAUCUGUCUUGGAGGGGAAAGAUGGUAAUCCUGUAAUUCAAGGAGGUGUAUCCUUAGCCUUCAACUUUGGUAGCGAUAAUGAAAUUUUAUGGUCUCCAACUUCUUGGGCUCUUCGUGCUAUUAGGGGAAAUCCUGAAGAUUCAAUUCAGGUUGAACUGAUUAGUACAGAUGCAGAGGACAAGGUUGAAGUAAGACACGUUUUAAGUCUCACAGAAGACACCUUAAGCUCACAGCUGGUAGUCUCCAAUUCAAAAUCUUCAUCUAUUCGGUUAAUGGGUUCGCUUAUAAGCCAUCUAACAGUAAGCACACCAGAAGCUACUUAUGCAUAUGGAUUAGAGGGUUCAAAUUUCUUUAAUAGGCCUAUGUUCUCAUCAAAUUUUAGCAUAGUCCCUCCAGAUAGCCAACAGAGCUGGUAUAGUGACUUGGGCCUCAAUGCAUUUUUUAGUGCCUGGGGUGCAAGAGAUCAGAAAAACUCUGAUAAAGGAAAAGACAGAGAAGUAAAGAAUGAAGAAGAAUUGGAAGGUGAAGAGGAUGAAAACUAUAAGCAAUUAACUGACAAAAUGAGCAGAAUUUACACUAGUGCACCAACUGAUUUUACCCUCAUUGACAGGGGCAGAAGAAACUCAGUUAUAGUAGGAAGGUACGGAUUCAAUGAACUGUACAUGUUUAGUCCAGGCUCAAGCCAUGAAAGCUAUAGCAUGUAUUCAUAUAUAUGUGUAGGACAAUCAGCAAUGCUUAAACCAGUAAUUUUGAGUCCUGGAGAUGUAUGGACAGGUGGGCAGCAUUUGCAUAAUCCGAAUCUCUGAAUAAAGAUAUAUCCACCAUUAUCCUGACUAUCGAUCCACAGUAACGAGGAAAAUAUUGCAAGAAGAGCAAAAAACAGGCCACCGAACAACCUGUAAAAAUUCUUCCGAUGGUCCUUUCUGCUGCAAAACCUUGGAGCAUCAUCUUUA